AUGCAAUCAUUUUACAAGUUAGCAUUCCAGACACUUUCAAAUCUCCAUUCUUUGGGAUUAGUUAGUGAUGAGGAGAAGUCAUACUUGAAAGAAGUGAUACUUAAUUUGUCUAAUCCUUAACUUGAUACUUCUUAGGAUUAGAUGUCAAUGUUAGUGCUUUAAAAAAUUUAGGCUUUUAGAAACUAAGCCUAGAGAACUUAGCAAACAAAGAAAUUCUUGUGUUUGAUCGAGGAAGAAACCGAUGAAGAUGAGAAUUUUUGA